GAAUGUCUGUGUGUGAUUUACUGACUUUCCCCCAACACACAUUUCUUUGGUUAAUUGAGAAAACAACCACAUCCUUUGAGUUGAAUGUAUAUGAAGAUCUAAGGGCAGAGAGAGACCAGAGCACCUCUUUCUUCAGACCAAAACCAGAUCUAAAGAAGACAUAUCCUCUACAUCAGGAUCCUCUGAAGGACCAGAAAAUGACACUCUUCAGAGUCUUCAGUCUCUGGGUCUUCAUCAUUCUAUCUUUGUAUCUGCAAACAGGUGACUGUACAAAGAUAAUUGGUGGAACAGAGGUGAAGCCUCACUCUCUCCCCUACAUGGCCUUAAUCUCUCGGAAAUUCAAUGAAAGAGACACGUAUUGGUGUGGAGGAAUCCUCAUCAACAGUGAAUGGGUCCUGACUGCUGCUCACUGCGGUGAAAUGGAGUUAGUUUAUUUAGGUGUCCACAAAAUAAAACAACGUGGCCAUGGUGUAAAAGUGGAAAGGAACGUUCCUCAUCCUGACUACAUGAAUAUAAAGGAAGGCAACGACAUCAUGCUGGUCCAGCUGAAUAAACCGGUGGGUCAGAACAGCAUGAUUAAAGUCAUGCCUCUACCCAAACCCGUUGAGGACAUCAGAGCCGGGACAGAGUGCUUUGUGGCAGGAUGGGGAGUUACCAAAGAAAACUCCUUUCUAUCUGACGUCCUGAUGUCUGCCAAAGUCACUGUGAUUGACAGGGUGACGUGUAACUCUACCGAGUACUACAACAAGGACCCCAUCAUUACCGCUAACAUGCUGUGUGCCGGCUAUGACAUAGACCCAGCUGACGCCUGCCAGGGAGACUCUGGGGGUCCGUUGGUGUGUGAUGGUGAACUAGAAGGGUUAGUGUCCUAUGGUGAAAAAUGUGGCAUCAAGACCAAGCCUGGAAUUUACACAUUCAUACCUAAAUAUAACAAGUGGAUCCAGGACACCAUUACAAAACCGUAGUGUGACUGUGCCUUCUACAGUUAUUGGCACCCUUGGAUAAAAUGCCCUUGUUGCUAAUCAGUUUGAUAGUACACUCGAUAUGAGGGCCAUCUAACCUUUAAGUGAGGUGAAAUUGUUAAAAGAACUUCAUAUUAUUUUCUUAAUAAUUUUCUUGAAAUAAAUGUGUCCAGAUUGUUGUCACUCCGGUAUUUAGUACUUUGUGCACCUUCCCCUUGCCAAGAUAACAGCACUGAGUUUUCUCCAAUAGUUUGAUCAGGUGGGACAAAACAUGCGAGGGAGGUGAGGCCAUUUAUCUAGUCAUGAUCUUUCCUGUAUGCAUUUCCGACAUUUUGCAAUAUUAAGCAAACUCCUCCAGGCACUGAUACUUUUGUGUUGAGAGUGAAAGUAUGUUUCAAUAAUGCAUCCAAAUAACUUUUUGGCAUUGAGGUGGCAUGUGAUUCUAGUUUUAGAGACCCCAAGAUUCCACAAACAUCUGAUUUCUACAACUGUGAAUGGUUUCCCUCUUCAGGCGUCCUCCACACUGUGCAUGUGAUUUCUUCCAGACAGCUUCUUAUUUCUUCCCCUAAUAGUUGUUAUGGGUAUUUUCAGGGUCAUUGCUGUUUGUUUGAUGGACAUUGCCUAAAUCAUUCAGGUCAACAACCUUUUGUCCCUUUACUUUUGCAUGACCUAUGACUUUCAAUAUAGAUGGGGGAUGUGGCUUUGAUUGUGUUGCUCAUCUCUUUACCUCAGUGAACCAGGAUGUAAUGCAUUACCACUUAAGUGUUCCUAAUGAUUCGGAUAAAAUUUAAAUAAAUAUACAUCAGCAGGAAGAUACUUCCAGUAGAAUUAGUGAAGCCCUAGGGUUGCUAAAAAUGGCUUAUGUUUGACAUAUGUUUGAAGAAGAUAUGCAUUUGUUGAUAAAUAAUGUUUUGUUUCAACAUUUGACCCCAAUUAAAGGUUUUAUUUUGCUUCACUGUACAUUCAGCUGAAG